AAUGACUUUUCCUAUUCACCAAUCAGGAUUCGUUAAUUUUAUUUAAACAAAUAAAUUAUUAAUUAAAAAUGUUAGAAGCUUAUUAUAUUUACCUUUUGAAUUAGUUUCUAUGAUGAUAAUUCUCUUUUUUACCUCUCUCUCUCUCAAUGUUUAUAAUCCGGUAAAUUUUUAUUUUCAUUGUAUCUAACUAAACUGUAUUACAUCAAUUCAGUAUCUUUUUCUUUAAAAAAAUAUGAGUAUGUUAUUUGUUCUAUUGAUACUUAUUCAAAAUUGGGUUAUCAAAUUCACAUUAAACACAAAUUCAAAUAAUAGUAAGAUGAUUAAUAAUGAAAAGAACAAUGAUAAUCAAAAGAUUACACUGAAAAAACAAGAAACUAUGCAUAAUGGUAUCAAUAUUGAUAAUGUUGAUGAUAAUAUUAUCACUUUAAUCGAUGGAAAACGGUUAACUGGUAUAAAAUUACAUUUACCAUUGUCUAGUUUAAAUCCAGUGAUAGCUUAUUAUGGUAUAAGAUAUGCAUCAUUAGGUGUUCAGCAUAUUGAUAUUAGAGAUCAAUUAUCCAGAAUGGCUACAACUACGAAUCAUAGUGAUAGUUUUAAAUUUAAUAAUAAUCAUGAUAUAAUGAAAAUGCCUGCAUUACAUCGUUUCAGUCAUUCAGUUGCAUCAUUUUUCUAUGAAUCUCCAAUUGGUGUUUAUUCACAUAGUAUACUUCCACCAGUAUGUCCACAACCAUCAAUACAUGUUCAUCUAGAAGAUAAAGAUAUACCGAAACAGGUAAAAGAUCGAUUGAUACGUUUGUUACCAUUUUUAAGAAAUCAAGAUGAAGACUGUUUAACAUUAAAUAUUUAUGUACCACAACAAGACAAAACAAGAAAAUCCUAUAAGCGACCAAUAUUUUUAUUUGUUCAUGGUGAAUCAUAUGAAUAUGGAAGUGGUAAUGCAUAUGAUCUUUCAGUAUUGGCUAGUUAUAGUGAUACAAUUGGUAUAACGUUAAAUUAUCGGUUAGGAUUAUUAGGUUUUCUUUUUACAAAUAAUCACGGUAUCAGUGGAAAUUAUGCACUCUAUGAUUUACAUGCUGCUAUUAUGUGGAUUAAAACAAAUAUUGAAAGUUUCAAUGGUAAUUCAAAUGAAAUUACAUUAAUUGGUUAUGGUCAUGGAGCUGCUUUAGUACAUUUGUUUUCUUUAUCAAAAAUGUCACAAGGUACAACUGGUAGUGGGAUCAAACGUAUUAUACUAUUGAAUGGAUCCGGAUUUGCACCAUGGUCAACAUCACAUAAAACAUCAUCUAUUUUAAUUGAAUUAUUAAAACAAUUGAAUAUAACAAAUCAAAAUUUAAGAAAUAAUAAAUCAUUAAAUGAGAAUAAUCCUUAUCAACAUCAUAACAUUGAAUAUUCAAAUAGGCAAAAAUCACUCUUUUCACAAACUGACAAUAUGAAUUCAUUGAAACCAUUUAAUGAUUCAUUACAUAAUCUUGGUCCAUUUACUACAAAUAUUAAUCUACCUUUACAAUUAUUAAAACAUCUAUUUUUGACUUUAAAAAAUUCCACUAUUGAAUUUUUAAUAAAUUUACAAGAAAAAUUAACUCAAUCCUUUUUAAUAACACGUUUAGGACCUGUAAUAUCGAGAAAUUUAUUUCCAAAUUACUUGAUUGAUAGUAAUUCAAUUAAAAAAAUACAAUAUGAUCAAGGUUAUCAUAAACCACCACCACCGCAACAACAACAACAACAAUCGCAACAGUGGUAUUCACAAUUUAUUGGUAAAUCUAAUGAAUUGAAUAAUCGAAUAUUAGAAACUCUCAGUAUAGAGACAAGUUUAUUUAUGAAUACAGAUUUAUUAAUUGGAUGGACUGAAGCACCAGCAUCUAAUUUAUAUUAUUCACAUAGUAAUAUACAUAAAAUGCCUUAUAGUCUAUUAAUAGAAAAAUUGGUAUAUGAAAUAUAUCCUUAUAAUCAAGAUGUGAUCAAAGAAAUUAUUGAAUAUGCUUAUUGUAAUUCAGAUAUAUUUCAUUUUAAUAAUAACAAUAAUAAUGAUGAUUAUAUUGGGAAUUCAGAAAAACAAUUCAAGGAGGUUGAUUGUCGUUGGAAAAUUCUAGAUAUAUUAUCCGAUGGAUUAUACACUGUUCCAAUUAUACAAACAUUGAAAAUGCAUAGUGAUUUUUACACAAGUCAAAGAAUGAUCAACAGAAUGCAAAAUCCUUCAUUGUCAUCAUCAUUGCCUACAUUAUUAUUCCCAACUGGUACACCAACAAUAACUCGUUUAAAAGAACAAAUUAACAAUUAUGAUAAACACAGGAAAUCAACUUAUGCAUUAUUCUUUAAUUACAAAACAAGUCAACAAAUUACAAAGCAAAGAAAUGCUACUAGAAAACAAUUACAAAUGGGAAAAAUUGGUUUUGCUGAUGACUUACCAUAUUUACUUGGUGCACCAUUUAUUAGUCCAAAUCAAUUAGAACCAUUCUCUAAUGAAUAUACAGAUAUGGAUAAAAAAAUUUCUGUUAAUUUAAUGAAUUAUUUGGCAAAUUUUAUGCAUAACGGUGACCCAAACAAAGAAUUUAUGGGACAUCAAACUAAAAAAAUACCAGUUCAUUGGCCAGAAUAUACUUAUGAUUCCAGACUUUAUUUACAUGUUGGUGAUGAAUCAAGAAGUAAACAAUCUUUUCAUCAAACCAAAAGCCAUAUACGUAAUUUAUGGGGAAAUAAAGAAAAUGAACAUUUCACAAUGAAACAACUCUAUGAAAGUGAUAAACAUAAAUUAUGGUCUACACUAUUUCCACGUUUAACAUUGAUGGAUAGAAAAACGAAAGGGUUCAGUAUGCACAAUGGGAAUGAAGAUAAUAUUGAAAAAUAUCCAUAUCAACAAACAUUGUUCAGUAAAUACUUUUAUUUUCUUCAGUUAAAGGAAAAAGAUUGGUUAACUGGACAAGUCAACAAAAUGAAAACUAAUUCAAGGCUAUUUCAAAAUUACAACCAAAAUGUAGAAAAUUUGCUAAAUCUUGUGGAGAAUAGUAGAUUGUAUGAAACAACACAUAGUGCCAUUUCUAAUGUAUCAUAUUCUGGAAAUUUUAGUCAACUACCAUUAUACAAAGAAAAUGAUAUUGAUCAGAAUUCAAAUAUAAUAAUAGAAGUACCAUUUGAAAACAAUAAAUUAUUAAUGCAUUCCAAUUUAUCAAAUAAAUCACAAUCAAUUGAUGAUGAAACUAACAUAGAGAUUCAAUCUUAUUCACAAUCAUUAACUAAAUCAGGGCAUUUAUCAUAUUCUUAUUCAACUUUAAUCUGGAUUAUAUUUACAGGAUCAAUAUUGUUUUUACUUAAUACAUUAAUAUUUAUAGCAAUAUAUUAUCAAACACAUCAAUUACGAAAAAAUACUAUAUAUCAACAAUCGAAAUCGAAUAUGAAAACAUCUUCAAUCAAUAAAGGAACAAAACAAAUGUUGAGGAUCAAACAAAAACGUGUAUCAAAUAUCAAUUCAUUAAAUAAAAAUGAAUCUUGGCAAAUAAAUGAAAAAGAUGGUAAAAUAAUUACAUAUCCAGAUGUAAGCAAUAGUUUAUACGGUGUAAAUGUAUCUUCAUCAACCGCUACAUCAUCAGCGGCAGAUUGUUACGCAUUAAAUGAUUUAUCUUAUUCAUUACACCAGCCUCAACAUGUUGGGUUUAAUACUUGUAGUAAUAAAAUUACUCCUGCACUGCAUGAAAUACCAACAGUUACAACGAACCUUUACAAUACUACUGAUAAUAAAGGUAGUAUUAGUAAGAGUUAUGACAAAUGUUUUGUGAAUUUAUGGAAUAUGGACUCACCAACGGUUAUUGGACAAACAACGAACUCACUUGAAACAAAAUAUUUAAUUCAAUAUCCUCAUUAGGGAUAGAAUCGUAAUAUACAAUCAAAAGCAUAUUGAGAAAAUUUGAAGCUUAACAGGAGAUUAUUUGAGUUUUAAAAGAUAUUAUCUAUACAACAAAGUGUUUCAGUUCUGCGACAACAAUAUCUUAACUUCUUAUCAGUUUUUUCUGAAAAACUAUAUUGAAUUAUAACUGUGUGCUGAAUUCACAUGGAUUUACAAUAAACUACUUAUUUCGUUUCCAUAAAUGAAAAAGUAAUAUGUAAUUUAAAAUAUUAAAAAAUAAAUUUGUAUUUAUUGCCGAGCUAAUUAAUAAUACUUGAAUUAUAU